UGCUUCGUGAGAGCUACAUUACAAUGAUUUUGCAAGGGGAAAUAGUCCCCAUCUAGUACCUUAGAAUAUUAGUAUCUAGUACAAACGUUGCUUAGAGUGAUGGCAUCACAAAAAUUAAAGCACAAAUAAUUAAUAUGAUCUCCGUACAUGUGUAGGUCAAUUUGUCAAGUGAUAAAGCUGGAGGAUACAACGUUAAAAUUAUGAAAGAUAUGAAGAACUUUUAUUAAGUAUUUGCCACCUUUAAGUUUUGCUUGCAAAAGAGAAGCUACAAUUGAAAUGGAAAUUUGCAGAAAUGUCGAGACUGAAGCAGAGCAACUUCCAAACAAGGGGGGAACUAGAGCAGCUCUUUUUGUCUAUGCUGUGGCGGGGAUCGAUACCAUGGCUUUUAUUUCAAAUGGUGUGAGCCUGGUUACUUACUUCUAUGGGUACAUGAACUUGAGCUUAACAAAAUCUGCCACUACUGUCACAAACUUCAUGGGAACUGCAUUUUUACUCUCAUUAUUUGGAGCAUUUCUCUCAGAUACUUACUUCUCCAGAUUCAAGACUUGUGUCUUGUUUAGCAUCAUUCAAGUUUUGGGAUAUGCACUUCUAGCAGUUCAAGCACAUUUCAGCCAACUGAGACCAUUUCCCUGCAAGGAUGUGCCUUUAAGCCAAAACAAUCAGUGUCAAUCUGCAGAUAGAGGCCAAUUGGCAAUCUUAUAUGGAGGUGUUUAUCUGAUAGCACUUGGAAACAGUGGAGUCAAAGCAGCUUUGCCAUCUUUAGGUGCUGAUCAAUUUGAUGAAAAAGAUCCCAAAGAGGCUGCUAAGUUAUCAAGUUACUUCAACUGGCUAUUGUUCUUCAUCACCAUUGGAGCCAUGCUUGGUGUUACAUCUUUAGUCUGGAUAAGCGACAACCAAGGAUGGGAUUGGUCAUUUGGUGUCUGCUCUGUAGCAGUUGGUUUGGCAAUCCUGCUCUUGACCGUGGGAAAACGGUUCUAUAGAAACAAUGUUCCUAAAGGAAGCCCUCUAAUGCGCAUUUCACAGGUUUUUGUUGCAGCUUUUAGAAACAGAAAUCUCCCACCACCACAGCACAAAGACGAUUUACAUCAGAUCAAGGGUAGAGAACCUGAAAAUGGAACUGAGAUUCUUCAAAGGACUGAUCAAUUCAAAUUUUUGGACCGGGCAGCAAUAAUGAGGAUUAAUCAGGAGGCAUCCACAUCAAGUGUACAUGGACCAUGGAGCCUUUGUUCUGUCUCACAAGUUGAAGAAACAAAAAUUGUAGUCAGAAUGCUCCCAAUUAUACUGAGCACCGUCUUCAUGAACACCUGUAUGGCUCAACUACAGACCUUCACCAUCCAACAAAGCAUAACAAUGAACAGAAAAAUCCAAAACUUUGAAAUCCCAGCGCCUUCCAUACCUGUAAUUCCUCAACUAUUUCAAAUCUUCCUGAUCCCAGUCUACGAUCGUAUCUUUGUCCCAAUAGCAAGAAAAUUCACGGGGAUCCCUUCAGGGAUUCGACAAUUGCAACGUAUAGGUUUUGGACUAGUACUUUCAGCAGUUUCUAUGGCAGUAGCUGCAGUUGUUGAAAGUCACAGGAAAUCAGUUGCCAUUAACCAUAACAUGGUUGAUUCCGCUGGUCCAUUACCUAUAAGUGCGUUCUGGCUUGGAUACCAAUUUGUAAUAUUUGCAAUGGCUGAAAUAUUCACAUUGGUGGGGUUGUUGGAUUUCUUUUAUGCAGAGAGCACAUCGGGCAUGAAAUCACUGAGUAUGGCCGUUUCUUGGUCCUCACUGGCAUUUGGGUACUUCACAAGCUCAGUAGUGGUGAGUGUAAUUAACAAGGCGAGUGGUGGCUGGUUAGCUAAUAACAACUUGAACAGAGACAAGCUUGACUACUUCUAUUGGUUGCUAGCAGGAGUCAGUGUGCUGAACUUUGGCUUCUAUUUGCUGUGUGCUUCUUCGUAUAAGUAUAAGAAGCCAGAACUGAACCAAGAAGAUGCUAUCUCUGAUAAGAAGGCCAAAGGAAAAAUGGAAACAUGUGUUCUCUAGGAAAUAUGCAUCCUCAUGAUGUUUGACCAAAAUUAUGUUAUAUAAUAAUAUUGUGCUUGUGACCAUAUUACACAGAGUCCAUGUAAUCCUGCAUCGUGUUUUUAGUUGAUCGAAUAUUCAAAGGUGCAAGUAUCAGUAUCCAAUGUACCUAAACCAAAUCAAGGAGAAGAAGUCCUGGGCAUGAAAGUGUAUGGA